AUGGGUUUGGACGACGUGUCACAGGCUCAGGCGGUCACAGUGAGUUUGAAGGACCUGAUUGAGGGGUCCGUCUCAUUCGACACUCUGACAGAGGCCUUUGGACCAUCCUCGUUGGGUAUCAUUGUCGUCAAGGACCUCGAUUCUGAAUUCAAGCGUCUUCGCACUCAGGUUCUCUCUAACGCUUCUUAUCUCGCUGCGCUUUCUAAUGAUGAACUGGAAUCUCUCACCUGCCCGGAAGCCAACUAUCUUGUCGGCUGGUCCUGCGGCAAAGAAACCCUACGAUCCGGACAUUUCGACACCCUCAAAGGCUCCUACUAUGUCAACUGUGCCUUCUACCAGAACCCCGACCUGCAGGGUGCUCCCGCGGACGGAUUCUCCGAUCUGCCGGGGUACACGGCACCCAACAUCUGGCCGCCAGCGCAGCGUCUUCCCGUGUUCCGUCGCAGUCUCGAGGAUCUCUGCAAGUUGAUCAUCGAUACAGCCGCCCUCGUAGCACGGGCCUGUGAUCGAUACGCCGUGGCAAAUAUCACAGACUACAAGGAAGGAUACCUCGAGCAUGUAGUCCGCACCAGUCUCACCACCAAGGCUCGUCUCCUGCAUUACUUCCCUAGUCCUGCCGAUUCCGGCACCGAGGCUAACGACAACGACGACGAUGAUGACUGGUGCGCUACACACCUCGAUCACGGCUGUCUUACCGGUUUGACAUCCGCCAUGUUUAUCGACGAGGCUGCCACCCCGCCGUCCCUGGACUCCACCUCUGACUUCACCCUCCCGGAACUGCCGCAAUCGCCGGACCCAAAGGCAGGUCUCUACAUUCAGUCGAGAACGGGACAGGUCGUCAAGGUGAAUAUCCCCAAGGAUUGUCUUGCCUUUCAGACCGGGGAAGCGUUGCAGCUCAUCACGCAGGGGAAGUUCCGUGCUGUGCCGCAUUUCGUCAAGGGGGCGAGACCCACCGGUGAUGCUAGGAUUGCGCGUAAUACGUUGGCGGUGUUUACGCAGCCGAAUCUGGGAGAGGAGGUCGAGAAGGGAAAGUCAUUUGGUGACUUUUCGAGAGAGGUUAUGAAGAAGACGUAUUGA